AUGGUGAGCCCGGCGAUGCUAAAGGGCAUGAACACAGAGGUCUAUGGCGAAGGGCACCCCUUUGGCGACCCUUCGUGGUACCAGGCAUACAACACGCCCUACUACAAGGACAGCCACAAGCAAUUUCGAAAGCUGAUGAGGGAGUACGUGGACGAGCACAUUAUGAGCAACGUGCACGACUGGGAUGAGAAAGGCGUCAUUCCCAAGGAGAUGCCG